AAAGGGAGGCUUCAUUUUCAUUUUUAAAGAGAAGAAAAAUGAAAGACCAACAAACCAUCUCAAUCUGUUACUGAACUCAACAUUUCUUUACAUCUACUGGAAUUCAUAUUUUCAGUUGUAGGUAAAGGAAAACCCCAUUUCAACUACUCAGUUUCUGGGUAUUUAAAAAAUCUAUUAAAAAUGGCAGAAUUCAUUGGGAGAACAACAAACAUCAAGAAUUGCAGAAAAGGGUUUUAUGUUAAAAUGAGAUUUGUUCAUAAAAACGGAAGAAAUCAUGAAAAGAACAGCAACUUCUUCAAAAGAUACUUCAAAUGGCUUGUCUGGAUUACUCUGUCUUUAUACUUCUUUACUUCUUAUAUGAUUACUAGUACCAACAAACCUACUACUUCUCUUUCUAAAACAACUAUUACAUCAAAGAGUUCUCGAGCAUUAUAUGAAACCAACAAUGCAGCCACAUUUUUGCAACACCCGAAACCAGAAAUUUCUAAAAAGUUGAAUGGAUUGAAGAUCUACAUUUAUGAUCUUCCAUCAAAAUACAGUACUGAUUGGUUGUCAAAUAAGAGAUGUAGUAAUCAUUUGUUUGCUUCAGAAGUUGCUAUUCACAGAGCUUUAAUGGGUAGUGAUGUGAGGACAUUAAAUCCAAAUGAAGCUGAUUUCUUCUUUGUACCAGUUUAUGUAUCUUGUAAUUUCAGUACUGUCAAUGGGUUUCCUGCAUUGGGUCAUGCUAGACCUUUAUUAGCUUCAGCUAUUCAACUCAUUUCUAAUGAAAUGCCGUUCUGGAAUCGAAGUCAAGGUUCUGAUCAUGUCUUUGUUGCUUCUCAUGAUUUUGGAGCUUGUUUUCAUGCAAUGGAAGAUGUAGCUAUAGCUGAUGGAGUUCCAAAGUUCCUGAAGAAAUCGAUUAUAUUACAGACAUUUGGUGUCAAAUUCCGGCAUCCUUGUCAACAAGUUGAGAAUGUAGUAAUACCACCGUUCAUAUCUCCAGAGAGUGUUAGAUCAACGUUACAAACAAUGGUGGUGCCGGAGAAGAGCAAAAGAGACAUUAUGGUGUUUUUCAGGGGCAAAAUGGAAGUUCAUCCCAAGAACGUCAGUGGUCGAUUUUACAGCAAGAAAGUAAGAACGCAGAUAUGGCAAAAAUUCAAUAGGAAUCGAAAGUUUUAUCUAAAGAGGCAUAGAUUUAGGGGAUAUCAAUCAGAGAUCGUACGGUCUAAAUUUUGUCUAUGUCCACUAGGAUGGGCCCCAUGGAGCCCAAGAUUAGUUGAAUCUAUAGCCCUAGGAUGUGUACCAGUCAUCAUAGCAGACGGUAUAAGAUUACCUUUCCAAGGAGCAGUAAAUUGGCCAAAGAUCUCAUUAACCGUUGCUGAGAAAGAUGUGCGGCAUCUCGGAAAGAUACUCCAACGCGUGGCAGACACAAAUCUGUCCGCCAUACAGAGGAACCUGUGGGACCCGUCUAUAAGAAAGGCCCUACUCUUUAACAACGAGAUUCAACAAGGUGACGCCACGUGGCAAAUAUUAUAUUCUCUAUCCAAAAAGCUGCAUAUGUCGUACAAUCGAUUAAGACUCUCUGGCCAAUGAGAUUGCGACACAUGAGAUGCUUUUACGUGGUUUACGGGACCAGGAAUGACAGCAGAUAUUAGCUGGCAUACAGCUGGGAUUUGUUCUUGAACUGCUCAAAAACAGUUAAGGCCCCUGUAAAUAUGACCUGGAUAUGGGACACCUUUAUGGCAAGUUAGUAAAUGUGGUGGACAUGAAGAGGCUUGAGGGUCGAUGUCUGAGGUAAAGACAUUGGGAAAUGAGAAAUGUAGAUAAUAAUAAAGGUAAUAAUUACAUCAAAUUUUGUGAGAAUAUGUGAAUUAAGUACUCCGUAUUACGAAAAUUGGCAAUUUGUAAUUAAAUUCUAAUAAAAUUGACAACUUUUUCCUUGAUAAGCAAGGUUUCGGAGACUUUA